AUGGACAGUUAUGAGCUUAGAUCGUUAAUUGGAUCUACAUUGGAUUUGAUUAAAGGAAAGCCAGUCAAAGUGAUUAAGGCGUACAUCAAUGUGUUUGUUGAUAUGUUAAAGGAAGAAAAUUACGACAGAAGUGCAAAAGAAAUUGUAGAUUAUAUCAAUUCCUUGUACGGGCAAGACUCUAAAUCGAAAUUGAUUAAAGUUUUACGAGACAUAGAUAACUAUGGGAAACCGACUUCGGAAAAGAAUCGGAAUAGUUUAGUCAGGAUUAUCAGAAAAGGCAUUCGAUCUAUAAUAUUUGAUCAUUACACACAAUUAAACCCUAAAACUAGAAAAGAAUUGAAAGAAAAGAUAGAAGCGUACAUGAAGAAAAACAAACGAACUUCAUCUAAAAUUGCAAUACCAAACACUCGGGCGAACAAAACGCUCCUUUACGGCAUGUAUAAGAAAGAAGCUGUGAAGCCAUCUGAAAGGAAAUUGGAAAGAAUUGAAAUAAAGCAAAGUGACUUAAAAAAUAAUCUUGUAGAUAGAGAAGUUCAGGACAAGAAAGAAAGGAUCCAACAAACAAGAAAAGAAAAGAAAACACAAUCGAAGUUUCCUGAAAUUAUCAUGCCGACUAUAAAGCAAGAGGAAAAAGAACUGAUAGCUCGUUCAGAAGCCGAGGCAGACGAAGAUGGAUCAUCAACAAGUGAAACUCUUGAAAGUAAUUCAAUACAACUGUCACUAGAAAGACAGAAAGAGUUCAAUACUAUGAGGUAUGUAACACUGUAUCCCGAAGCAUUUACACCACUUGCGCCAAAAUAUCAAAAACAUUUCAAAAUUGUUCAUCGAUCUGUCAAGGCUACUACACCAGACAACCUAAAAGUUUUAACAAUUUGGGUGGAAGAAUCAACAGGGAUAAUCCCGCAAUACAUACUGAAUAAAUACACUACUACAACCCCGAAACCUCGAAAACAUAAGAACAAAAAAGCUCACAAAAUACAUGAGAAGAAACAAAAAAAGGAACAGACCAAACCUAAAGGACAACAUCAUAAGAAAUAUAAAAGAAUGACAGAAGGUAUAAAACAGAAACAUGGUCACAAAUCUUAUAAACACGACACUACUAGACACGCAAAGAAACACGAUUCCAAACACAGAACUACCUACAAACCUAAACCAAAGUAUGAAAAAGAGAAAUACACUAACAAUAAAGAGGUACAGAGUUUAUUCGAAGAAAAUGAGAUUCUAUCUACAAACAAAGUUAUGAAUAUGUUUGGACUUGUGAGAUUGGAUGUUAACCAGAACUUACUACUAAAUAAUGUAACGGCAAAAUUGCCUCGAGCACCAUAUCGAGGCCCAUCCAUUUUGCGGACGCCAUCCUCGAAACAUAGAAAGAACAUUCCACAAUUGAAAACUUCUCUCUCGUCUGACCUUCCUAGUAAUAAGCCACGUAUAGGUCUAUUACUCCCAGCAUCCUCAGCUGCCAUUCAGAAAAGAUACAAAAUGUUAUCAGACCCUCAAAAUUGGAAUGAGAGGAAAAACAGUAAACACAAUACACGAUCUGACGAAGGAUUUAUUGAAAAACGUGAUCAAAACAAUGAAAAUAUGUUAAGAAUUAAAGACCCUGCUCUAAUACAGCGUUUGCAUCAGCUUCAAAAGGAACUUAAAGAAGUAAAGAAUAAGAUAAAUACAGUCGCGAAAAAUACAAAGAAACAAGUUGCAGCAAGAAGAAGUAAAGGCAAAGGAGUUGCUGAGACGGCAGACAAACCUAAAGUAAAAGAUACAGAAAGUGAAGAUAUUAUUAAUAAUAUUCAACUUACUAAAAUUGCUGAAGUAAUCACGACUCCCAAUUUAAUUAGAGAUAAACAACAGGAAUUAAUAAGCACUGUCAAAAAGCCAGAAUAUCAAAUCGAAUACAAAGUAGUCAAAGAAAAAGGUUCCAAAUUCAAAGAAAUCGUACCUGAUUAUACAACAAAAGAAAAUGAGGUAAGAGGACUAAAACCCUUACAAUACGGUGCAAUUAAACUCCAGUCAAACGAUGAAAGACAAGAAGAGUUACACAAUAAAUCAAUCCUGAUUAAUUCUUCAACAAAAUCAUCACUAAGUACGACCACGACAAAAUAUAUAACUACUGUGAAAACAGUCGAAGUAAAUACUAGAAAGGCUAAACCCUUCACAGCAAAAGCUUUAAGAGUUGCAACGAGUACUAUUCAGCCAAAGACUGCUAAAAGAGACGUUCAUACAAACACGAAGCCAAUAGCUGUUACAGUAGCUUCUACCACCAGUUUUACAACUGCAAAUACAAAUGAGACUACGACUAGUGACGCCAUAGUAUAUGCAUUUAAAAAUAAUGUUGAAGAUCUGCCAGCGUCUGCAACACCAUCACCAACUACGACCACGACAAAAUAUACAACUACUGUAAAAGUGACUGAAGUAGAUGCUCUAACAGAAAAGGUCGUCACAGCAAAACGUGCAAGGGAUAUUACGAGCACCAUUCAACCAACAACUCCUGAACGGCACGUCCAUACUAACACCACGCCAAUAUCUACUACAGUAGCUUCUAGCAUCAACUUUGCAAAUGUUAAUACGAAUAAAACUUUGACUAGCAACGCCGUAAUGAAAGUACUAGGAAAUAUUUUGAAAGAACUAGCCACGCCUGCUAAUGCACAAUGUAGCAGCAGACUAAAUACAGAAGUACCAACGUUCCGGCGGAGUGACAUUGACUUUCCAAAUUAUGACGUCACUGAAGUGUUUUGGGGUGGCCAACCAGGAUUGAAUGGAACAAUACACGAAGAUGCAACAUCUACUUUCUUACCAACACUAGAAGAAAACAUAGUGCCAGUAAUAACGUUCGCGCCAACACCAGAAGAAAUGGAAAAAAUCGAACCGACUCCAGAAGAAAUAUGGCCAUUUCUGAAACAGACACCGAUAACACUGGGCUUCACUUGGCACACAAACUACCCUGGCUACCCGUACGAACCUCCUCCUUUAGAUGACCCGCAAAUAUACAUUACCCAAGAUCGUUUUCCAUCGACUCCGGUCUUCAAUUUUCCCGACGGCCCCGGUCAAACGACAAGUUUUAUACCAGAGACAGAAGGGUACGAGAUUUUGAACACUACAUCAAAAAACGAUUCACUGACGAACACAACCUCAGUUACCGAAUUGCCAGGCUCUGCAGUGAAUGUAUCGCAUGGAGAUGAUGAAAAUACCACUACAACGAUGUCUCCUGCCAAACAACGCUACUACGAAAUGAUGGAGACGAGAAAUGAAGGAUAUUUGCCCAUAUUUCUUGCGGAACUAUUGAGGAUAACCAUUGAAAAAGAUGAAAAUCCUGUUAAAGAACUCUUACGAGAAGUAAAACCACAUGUGUUUGCUUGGUAUGAAACCGAUCGGCCAAUGUGGUUGGGCGAACCCCUCGCUAAAGUCAUCGUGGAACUUUCCAGGUUCAUAAGCGAAUCAGAAGUUGAUUAUGUAAGAAGCUCCUCAGCAAUGAUGUAUCAAAUGCUGAAAGACAGAAAGACUGAUGUAGCAGAGGACGUAAACUCCAUCAUAGAGGAUGCUGAUCGGAUGUAUACGGAGGACGAGGGGGAGCAACUAUUCGAUGCUUUAGUGGAAUAUGAACAAUAUCCAAAUGGUACUUAA